AUAAAAUCUUUGCAUACUAGAAAAUCAGAGAAUUUGAAUCAAAGGGUUGCCGUACUUUGAUCAUGGCGGCCAAAUUCCUGUCCCUGGCGUGCAUACGAAAUGAGAGUGGCGGCUUAUCGCCGAAGCCACACUAUCCAUCAAUGCCCAAGUAUCCAAAGGGCAUAAACGUGGCUUCUGAUCAAGAAAAAAGCAUGCAAGAAUCGGAAGCCAAGGCUUUAUUCUCAGUUAUUGGCAUGUCGUGUUCUGCGUGCGCUGGAUCGGUCGAAAAGGCAGUCAAGAGGCUUCCCGGAAUCAAAGAGGCGGUGGUUGAUGUGUUGAAUAACAGAGCCCUCGUCAUGUUUCAUCCUGCUUUUGUUAAUGAGGAAACAAUCCGCGAGACAAUUGAAGAUGUAGGAUUUGAAGCCACGGUGAUAAAAGAAGAGAUAAAUGAAAGAUCCAAUCAAGUGUGCCGGAUUCACAUAAAAGGAAUGACUUGCUCUUCUUGUUCGACAACUAUUGAAUCUGCUUUGCAUUCCAUACGUGGUGUACGAAAAGCACAAGUCGCUUUAGCAACUGAAGAAGCUGAAGUCCAUUAUGAUCCAAAUAUCUUGAGCUACACUAAACUCUUGGAAGCCGUAGAAGAUACUGGGUUUGAAGCCAUACUUAUCAGCUCUGGUGAACAUAGCAGCAAAAUACAACUGCAAGUUGAUGGAGUACUUGAUGAAAAUUCCGUGAGAAUAAUUGAAAAUUCUCUUCAAGCCCUUCCAGGAGUUCAAGAAAUAGAUUUCAAUCCAGAGCUAAAAACGUUGGCAAUAUCUUACAAACCAGAUGUAACUGGACCUCGAACUUUUGUCAACGUAAUUAAGUCUGCUGGUUCAGGAUGCUUCAAGGCAACAAUAUUUCCUGGAGGAGGAGAAAGAGAAGCCCAUCGACAAGAGGAAAUCAAACAAUAUUACCGGUCUUUCCUUUGGAGUCUGAUUUUCACAAUCCCUGUUUUCUUAAUGUCCAUGGUCUUUAUGUAUAUCCCUGGCAUUAAGCACGUUCUAGAUAGUAAGGUUGUCAACAUGCUCAGCAUUGGAGAGAUUUUGAGGUGGUUAUUAUCUACUCCAGUGCAGUUUAUUACUGGUCGACGAUUCUACACUGGUGCUUACAAAGCGUUACGCAAUGGCUCCGCAAAUAUGGAUGUUUUGAUUGCCCUGGGAACAAAUGCUGCCUAUUUUUAUUCAGUCUACUCGGUGCUGAGAGCAGCUACUUCUCCUCAUUUUCAGUCAACUGAUUUCUUUGAGACCAGCGCAAUGCUCAUUUCGUUCAUUCUACUUGGGAAGUACCUCGAGGUCUUAGCCAAGGGAAAGACAUCUGAAGCCAUAGCUAAGCUCAUGAACUUGGCUCCAGAGACUGCAACCUUGUUAACCCUGGACAGUAAAGAAAAUUUAAUUAGUGAGGAAGAAAUAGAUAGUCGACUGAUACAAAAGAAUGACAUCAUUAAGAUCAUUCCAGGUGCAAAAGUAGCUUGUGAUGGAUUUGUCAUCUGGGGACAAAGUCAUGUAAAUGAGAGCAUGAUAACUGGAGAAUCCAGGCCAGUGGCGAAAAGGAAGGGUGACAUGGUGAUUGGAGGAACUGUGAAUGAGAAUGGGCUAUUACACGUUAAGGCAACAAGGGUUGGAUCAGAGAGUGCUCUUUCACAAAUUGUUCGACUAGUUGAAUCAGCCCAAAUGGCCAAAGCUCCUGCCCAAAAAUUUGCUGAUCGUAUUUCCAAAUUCUUCGUGCCUCUUGUUAUAAUUUUUUCAUUUGUAACUUGGCUUACCUGGUUUUUGGCUGGAAAGUUGAAUGGUUAUCCAAAAUCCUGGAUUCCUUCUUCUAUGGAUAGCUUUCAGCUUGCACUGCAGUUUGGCAUUUCGGUCAUGGUCAUAGCCUGCCCAUGCGCACUUGGCCUUGCUACUCCAACAGCUGUUAUGGUUGGUACUGGAGUUGGUGCUUCUCUAGGUGUCCUGAUUAAAGGUGGUCAGGCUUUAGAAAGAACUCAUAAGGUGAACUGCAUUGUUUUUGACAAGACAGGGACUCUCACAAUUGGCAAGCCAGUGAUUGUCAGCACAAGGCUCUUAAAAGAUAUGAGACCUCGAGAAUUCUAUGAACUGGUAGCUGCUGCUGAGGUGAACAGCGAACACCCCUUAGCCAAGGCCAUCGUUGAGUAUGCCAAAAAGUUCAGACGAGAGGAAGAGAAUCCUGUCUGGCCCGAAGCCCAGAACUUUGAAUCAAUCACUGGCCAAGGUGUGAGGGCUGUUGUGCAAAACAAGGAAGUCCUCGUGGGAAAUGAGAGGCUUAUGUUGGAGAGAAAUGUUGCUAUUUCAAUUGAUGCUGAAGAAAUAUUAGCAGAAACUGAAGCAUUGGCCCAAACUGGAAUUCUUGUAGCUAUUGACAAGGAGUUGAUAGGAAUUAUUUGCAUAUCCGAUCCACUGAAGCCAGGGGCUGGUGAAGUCAUCUCCAUUCUCAAGUCUAUGAAAGUCAAGAGCAUUGUAGUGACUGGUGAUAAUUGGGGAACUGCAAAAUCUAUUGCCAAGGAAGUCGGGAUAGAUACUGUAAUCGCUGAAGCCAAACCUGAGCAUAAAGCAGAGAAAGUUAAAGAGCUACAGGCUGAAGGAAAUAUUGUGGCAAUGGUGGGAGAUGGAAUAAAUGAUUCGCCGGCACUUGUAGCUGCAGAUGUUGGAAUGGCAAUCGGCGCAGGCACUGACAUUGCUAUUGAGGCAGCUGACAUUGUUCUAAUGAAGAGUAACUUGGAGGAUGUUAUAAAUGCCAUAGACCUUUCAAGAACAACUUUUUUAAGAAUCCGUCUUAACUACGUUUGGGCAUUGGGUUACAAUAUCCUUGGAAUUCCAAUCGCUGCUGGGGCUCUUUUUCCGUCUACUGGAUUCCGCUUACCACCAUGGAUUGCUGGAGCAGCAAUGGCCGCCUCCUCCGUGAGUGUUGUUUGCUGCUCUCUUUUGUUGAAGAAUUACAGAAGGCCAAAGAAGCUGGAUGCGCUCGAGAUAAGAGAAAUAACUGUCGAGUAGUUAUUUAGCCGGAUAGUUAUGAAUCAUGUAAAAAUCCAUGUAGAACUAUUGUCGGAACUUCCAGGAGAUAUAGAAUGCUUCAAAUGGAGUGGAGAAAGAUGAAGAACGUAGUCGACUCUGUAUCUGCUUACAUCAUUAAAUAAGGGUUUUUUUUUUUUUUU